AUGGUGGCCGGAUAUCGAAUGUGUAGGGCUGACAGAAACAUACAUGGCGGUGGUUUAUUGUGUUAUAUCCGCGCAGAUCUCUGCUUUAAAGUAAUUAAUGACCUGCCCAAUCUUCGAUUAUGUGAGCGUGAACGGUACAAGACUGAAUCGAUUGUGCUGAAGGUGAGGAUAGCUAAGAAGUGGGCAACCAUUGUCGGUAUCUAUAAACCUCCAACAUCUGUGUCUGUCCCACAAUCGCUAUGGAAAUUUGAACUAUCCUCUAUACUGGAGGCGAUCACAACACUCCCUGGUAACUGCUUUUUGGUAGGUGACUUUAACUCGGAUAUGCUACUACCAGACAAGCCGCCAAGGGAUGGU